GCCUUUAAAGACAUAACUUUUUAAAAGAUAACAAACACUUGUAAUGCUUAUUAUGUUCCAGGCAUUCUUCUAAGCACUUAAAAAUAUUAAGUCAUGUAAUUCUCUUACCCAGGUAAGCUGAUGAUGUUAUCUCGAUUUUUACAUAUGACAAAACUUGGGACACAGAGUUAAGCUUCUUGCCCAAGAUCACAUACCAUCUAAGUCAAUAUGUUCCAUAGCCUGUCUGGUUCACAUGUGUAUGUAUGUAUUACACUACCGUGGCUGUUCAAGAAUAUUUUUCUUUCUAGCUAAGGACACGUUCUAAGGAUGAGUAUUAAGAAUAGCUUAAAAUAAUUGCUUGUGUUUAAAUACCUGAAAAGCCAUUCUUCAGCAUUCAUUGUUUUCUACUAAUGCCCUCUUUGCUUUGCUCUUAUUGGUGGGAUCAGUGUAUCAUUAAAUGAAAAUUGACAUUUGUACCAAUACACCCUACCUCACAUCUAACUUCAGAGCAUCCCAAUAUGGACCAAAUAUUCCAUUUCUAACUCAAAACUUCAUCCCUAACAGAAAUGCAUAAAAUGGAGCAAAGGUGGAAGCUCUAAGGGUUUAUGGUAGUUGACUAGUCAUUUUCUCUUUGUUUGGUAGGCAGAGGUUUUAUACCCUACGGCUUUUUGCCUCAUAGUAAGAUGUAGAAUGCUGGAGGAGCAUACCAUUCUUUUAUAAAUGGUAGAAUUUAUAAAAAUUUGUUACUAGUCUGUGGGACUAGGGGAGGUGGUGGAACAGGAAGAUCUUCCUGAUGGCUAGUUUCAAAGGUUUCUUGUACAAGAUGAAAAUCUGGAAAUUGAUUUUCAUUAAGGACUGUUUGUGAUAUAUGGUUUAGAAAGUCUGAAUUACCUAUACUCCAUAUUUCAUGGAUGUAUGCCAUAUUAUGUGAUGCACACUAUAGAAAGUCCGAAUUGUAUAUACACCAGUUGGAAGACAGUUUUCACAGUGUACUUCAACCUAAUGGUAAAUGAAGGCUUGGGGAUUAUCUAAAAGCAAGUGUGGACGGAAGAAAAGCAGACCUUUCUGACACCUUGUGGCAGUAGCUGAGCACUACAAAUGCAGUUAGCUUGACUUAGAAUCUAAUCUUGUUUUUAGGGCUCUUCACACUAAACAAUUAAUGAAGUGCCCCGCUUUCUUUUUUGUUUCCUUUGAAUACGAGAGAAUUUGUUCAAAAUGAACACCAAAAAAAUGCAUGCAAAUUCUCUUCACAUUGAAAUUUUUAAGCCUCAGCCUUUUAAAACCAUUUCUAUAUCUUUAUAUAACAUUUGAUGUCUGUAUCACUCAGGAAUUUGGAGAGUUCCUUAUAACAUGAGGUUGAUUGGCAUACUCUUCCAUACUGUAUUUACUGUGAGUAAAAUCAGACAUAAAAGCCUUGGAAAUUAAGGUGGUUUGUUGCAUUGUGGUAAAAGGAAAAACGUUGGACAAGUUAAACUUAAUAAAGUUUAACUGAGCCAAGAGUGAUUCAAGAAUUGUACAGCCCUUGGAACUGGAAGAGGUUUUCAGAACUCCGGUCUGCAACGUGGUCAGGCAGUAUUUAUGGACAAAACCAAAUGAGCUUUGCCCGAAGUUUUUACAUACAAAUUCUACUAGUCACACUUGGCCAUUCAGUGCAGUUGCUGAAUUAAUAGAUAAUGCUUACGAUCCUGAUGUGAAUGCUAAACAGAUGUGGAUUGACAAAACAGUGAUAAAUGACCAUAUAUGCUUAACAUUCACCGAUAAUGGAAAUGGUAUGACUUCAGAUAAAUUACAUAAAAUGCUAAGCUUUGGCUUCAGCGACAAAGUUACCAUGAAUGGUCAUGUACCAGUUGGAUUGUAUGGAAAUGGCUUCAAGUCAGGUUCUAUGCGUUUGGGUAAAGAUGCAAUCGUUUUUACCAAAAAUGGAGAAAGCAUGAGCGUGGGCUUCUUGUCUCAAACCUACUUGGAAGUCAUAAAAGCAGAACAUGUUGUUGUCCCAAUAGUGUCAUUCAACAAGCACCGACAGAUGAUUAAUUUAGCAGAAUCAAAAGCCAGUCUUGCUGCAAUUCUGGAGCAUUCUCUGUUUCCUACGGAACAGGAGUUACUGGCAGAACUUGAUGCUAUCAUGGGUAAGAAGGGGACAAGGAUCAUCAUUUGGAACCUUAGAAGCUACAAAAAUUCAACAGAGUUCGACUUUGAAAAGGAUAAAUAUGACAUCAGAAUUCCUGAGGAUUUAGAUGAGACAACAGGGAAGAAAGGGUACAAGAAGCAAGAAAGGAUGGAUCAAAUUGCCCCUGAGAGUGACUAUUCCCUGAGGGCUUACUGCAGUAUAUUAUACCUAAAACCAAGAAUGCAGAUCAUCUUACGUGGACAGAAAGUGAAGACACAGCUUGUUUCGAAGAGUCUUGCCUACAUUGAACGUGAUGUUUAUCGACCCAAAUUUUUAACUAAAACAGUGAGAAUUACUUUUGGAUUCAACUGCAGAAAUAAAGAUCAUUAUGGGAUAAUGAUGUAUCACAGAAAUAGACUCAUCAAAGCUUAUGAAAAAGUUGGAUGUCAGUUAAGGGCCAACAACAUGGGUGUUGGAGUAGUUGGAAUUAUAGAGUGUAAUUUCCUUAAGCCAACUCAUAAUAAACAAGAUUUCGACUAUACUAAUGAGUACAGGCUUACAAUAGCAGCACUAGGAGAAAAGCUGAAUGAUUACUGGAAUGAAAUGAAAGUGAAGAAAAAUGCAGAAUAUCCUCUAAAUUUGCCAGUUGAAGAUAUACAGAAACGUCCUGAUCAGACAUGGGUUCAAUGUGAUUCCUGUCUAAAGUGGCGAAAAUUACCAGAUGGGAUAGAUCAACUUCCAGAAAAAUGGUAUUGCUCCAAUAACCCUGACCCACAGUUCAGAAAUUGCGAGGUUCCAGAAGAACCUGAAGAUGAGGAUUUGGUGCAUCCCACUUAUGAAAAAACCUACAAAAAGAACAACAAGGAAAAAUACAGGAUCAGACCACCAGAAGUGAUCACUCGGCAGAUUAAUCCUGAACUGUUGUUUCGGACAACCCCUGUUUCAAGUCAGAGCUUUUCUCCUGCAAGGGAAAGUGUUUCAAGAGGACAUCUUUCAGAAACAGCAAAUUCUUACACAACGAGACUUAUAAAUAAUCAUCGAGUUUCAUCCCAGUCUGAACCUGAGAGCAACAGCCUCAAACGCAGACUUUCUACUCGUUCCUCAAUUUUGAAUGCUGCAAAGAAUCGGAGAUUGAGUAAUCAAGCAUUUGAAAAUUCAGUUUAUAAAAAUGACGAUGAUGAUGAAGAUGUCAUCAUCUUAGAAGAAAACAGUACCCCCAAACCUGCAGUAGAUCAAGAUGUUGACACGAAAUCGGAACAGAGUCACAUUGAGCAAAGUAAUGUUCAGGUCGAGUUGGUGGGUGAUAGUGAACCUUGUGGCCAGGCUAGUUCAACAAGCACUUCGUCAUACAAGUGUGAUCAGGGAAAUACUGCAGCCACCCAGACUGAAGUACCAAAUUUAGUUGUUAAAAAGGAAGAAACUAUUGAAGAUGAGAUAGACAGAAGAAAUGAUACAGUAACACUGCCCUCCUGUGUAGAAGCCGAAGCAAAGAUACCUGAAACCCAAGAAACCUUUGAUAAAUCUGCAGAUGAUGUUGGGUGCCAAUUACAAGAACUGAGAAAUGAGCUACUUCUAGUCACCCAAGAAAAAGAAAAUUAUAAAAGACAGUGUCAUAUGUUUACUGACCAAAUCAAUGUGUUACAACAGAGGAUACUAGAAAUGAAUGACAAAUAUGUGAAGAAGGAAACUUGCCAUCAAUCUACUGAGACUGAUGCUGUAUUUUUACUUGAAAGUAUUAAUGGCAAAUCUGAAAGUCCAGACCAUAUGGCGUAUCAGUAUCAGCAAGCUUUGGAAGAAAUAGAAAGGCUGAAAAAACAAUGUAGUGCUUUGCAACAUGUAAAGGCUGAGUGUGGUCAGUGUUCCAAUAGUGAGAGUAAAAGUGAAAUGGAUGAAAUGGCUGUGCAGCUUGAUGAUGUAUUUAGACAACUGGACAAAUGCACUGUUGAGAGGGACCAGUAUAAAAGCGAGGUUGAAUUAUUAGAAGUGGAAAAAUCACAAAUCCGUUCACAGUGUGAAGAACUCAAAACACAAAUUGAACAAUUAAAAUCUACAAGUCAGCAGACAGCAACAGAUGUUUCAACUUCAAGUAACAUUGAGGAGUCUGUAAAUUACAUGGAUGGGGAAAGCAUCAAACUUCGAUCUCUUCGAGUUAAUGUAGGACAACUGCUGGCUAUGAUUGUGCCUGAUCUUGAUCUUCAGCAAGUGAAUUAUGAUGUUGAUGUAGUUGAUGAGAUUUUAGGACAAGUUGUUGAGCAAAUGACUGAAAUCAGUAGUACUUAAGGUAUAUUUCAUGUAAGAUAAUAAAAUAUUUGCUCAGUUCUUUUGAUCAUACAGCUUUCAAAUGGUAAACAAUUUUGUUUUUGUAAAUAUGAUAGGUAACAGACUGAAGAACCAUAAUCUUCCCUGUAAUCUAUGCAUUCAAGUGUGGACACACACACUGUGGACACAUUAUCAUACCUUUUGAAAUACCUGUGAAUUGUUGGUAUUGAGCAGCUGCCGCUAACUCAUGAUUCUGUUUUGAAUGUAAAUAUUUGUAAUUAAGUCUGCACAUAUUUUUUUAUUGCCCUAGAGUACAUAAGUGUUUUUCACGAAGAGCUUUUCAGGUUGCCCCUAAGCUUUGUGCAAUUUUUUCUGGUACCCCAAAGCGUAUUUUUCUCUGAAUCGAGAGGGCUGUGCCAUAAUACAGAUGGAAAUGUUACCUUUGAUUUUCUUAUAAAGGAGUUUAAAUAGGAUUUUUAAAUAAUGUAAUAACACUCCUGAUAAGACUCUGUGGUUGUAAGUGAAUUGAGCAUUAAUUUUAUUUUCUAUAAAUUCUUAUCUCUUGAAAUAUUUUAUUCAUGAAAAUAAGGUAAGCAAAAGCCAACUCCAUUUUGCCAGGAUUUUCUUGUGCUGAGAUUUGCAAUCAUGGCUAAACAACUGUUUUUAUAGAACAAAGAAAUGGUCUUUAAUAUAAAAAUAUUGAAAAUAUUAAAUGACCAUCAAGUUUACUUUGAAGCCCAUUUUUGGCUGUUUAGUCAGCAUGAAGUGGGUGCAAUAAUUAUUUAAUAUUUCUUUUUGUGAAAUUUUCUGUACAGCCUUUUAUAGGAUUACUACAGGUUAAUGUGAGGUGAGGAAGACAGUCUUUCUCGAACAAUACUACAUUACCUUUUAUUAUAUUACAGACCUAAGUGUUUUAUAUCCUGGAGUUAAGGAACAAACUUCCUCCCUAGGAAUAUAGUAUUAUAUGCCAUAAAAUAUUAUACUUUAUUGGUAUCAUGUUUUGUGCAAUUUUAAAGAUGGCUUUCUAUUAAGUAUAACUGUGUAUAUAUAAGAGUCAUAUUUUCCACAACUAAAACGUGCAUUAUUUUUUCCAAAGUUUUAUCAUUGCUAUUUAUUUUUACUUUUGUUUUUGAACAUUCUGUACGUGUUCAUUUUGUAUGUAUGCUUAAUCACAUGUCUGUCCUUAUAUUAAAUUUUUAUUGUACAAUAACUUCUGGAAAGAGCAAAUAAAUGAAGAUUGUUUUUAUUUGCUUGAUGAAGUAAUUGAAAGUGUAUUUUUGGUAUGAAGCUGGUUUUCUGUCACGAUUGUAAUUACCCAAAUUUUAAGAUAUCUUGUAAUAAAAUAAAAAUAUAUGAUGG